AUGGCCGAGCACCGAGACCUGAGGCAAGGAAAAAGCCACCUCUGGGGGCCGUCCACACUGAGAGGGCCCACGGUCCACGGCCAUAGGGAGCGCCGCCGUAGAGAUCACCCCGACCCGUCACCUGUACCAAAACCUAAACGUGUGUCUACCAGCCAAGCAGGUAAAAUGAGUCUGGCUUCUCCUGAAUCGCACCUUGACCCGAUGUCAGAAAAAGCAGUGGAGCCUGAUAGCUCAGCAGAAACUAUGAAGCCCUCUUGCAACAGGGAGUCCACCAUUCUAGCUAAGAUCACUGGACUGAAUCAAUCUGUCACUUCAGGCGAGAGUGAAAAUGAAGGUGCCACCUCUGACAACCCUGCAGACAACAACACAAGCAGCGGCUCUAAAGAUGACACCCUACAGAAGAAAGUGAACUGCACUGCCUGUGGAAAAAAAGUAAAUCAGUUUCAACGCAACUCUGUGUACGAGCAUCCUGUCCUCAAAGUACUUAUUUGCAAGUCAUGCUACAAGUAUUACACAAGUGAUGACUUCACCAGAGACUCUGAUGGGAUGGAUGAGCAGUGCAGAUGGUGUGCUGAAGGUGGCAAUCUCAUCUGCUGUGACUACUGCAACAAUGCCUUCUGCAAAAAGUGCAUUCUGCGCAACCUGGGCAGGAAGGAGCUUUCAGUCAUUACUGAUGAGAACUCAAAGUGGCACUGCUAUGUCUGCAGAUCAGAGCCUCUCCAGGAUCUGGUCUCUAAAUACCACCACAUCAUGGAAAAACAAGAACUGCAAUUCAAGCAACGAAAAUUGGACAUAUGCUAUGAACGUGAGAGCAAGAUACACAAGAUCAAAGCUGUCAAAGAGCACAAAGUAGUUGUGAAUGGGAAAGAACAUACUGAAGGCUCAGGGACCAUGACAUUCUCCUACAGAAAAGUGCAAGUACCCAAAGAACUUAUAAAGAAAACAAAAAAGCUUGUUGAAACAACUACUGGUCUCAACAAUACAUUCAUUCAGUUCAUACAGCAGACAGCUGAGGAGCAGGGAGAUGAGGCUGUCAGGUAUCGGCAUUUGAAAGCCUUCAAGACCGUGCUUGCUGACUUGAAAAAAGCCCACAGUGCAUUGGAAGAGGCUUUGGGGGCUGAAUUCAGAAACAUGGAGUUGCAGAAUGGUGACUAAGUGCAACAUAUUGUAAGAGAGAACACUAAUGUUGUGAAAAAUGUGGUGGUUGUGGAAGAGGGUGAUGCAGCAAAGGAGGGGAAUGCAAUAGAGGAUGCCUGUGUAGCAGAGGAGGCUGCUGUGCCAGAAGAGGCUGAUGCAGCAAAUGAGGCAAACACAGAAGAGGAUGCUGAUGUAGCCGAGGAGGCUGCUGUGGCAGAAGAGGCUGAUGAAGCAAAUGAGGCAAACACAGAAGAGGAUGCUGAUGUAGCCGAGGAGGCUGCUGUGGCAGAAGAGGCUGAUGCAGCAGAGGAGGCUACCACAGCUGACAUAGUAAAGGAACCAGUCAAGGAGGGGCAUAAUGAGGCUGAAAUGAAUGUCAUCCAAACAGAAACUGAUGCAAUCGAAAAUACAAUGAAAAUGGAAGUAUAUGAUGGUGGCCUACUGUCAGCUGGUGAAACAUUUCUUGAUGAAGACAUUAUGUCUGUACCUCCUUCGGUCCCUGAUGAGCUUUUUCAGAUGGUGGAGGGUCUUGAGGAUUUCACCCCCAUACAGGAAGAUACCAUUUCAGUCAAAGAUGCUGAAAUAAAGUCAAAUGAAAACUUAAACUCUCAACCCACCCAGCCCAAAAUGAAGAACCUCAUAGUCAAACUGACUCCUGUGCCAGUUGUGACCAUGCAUGGGUUAGGGUCCUCCAUGUCCAAAUACAAAGAAAAAGAUGGAGAGGCACUUGAAAAGUGUGAGGGAAAAUGUGAGAAGGGAAAAGAUGAUGCUGUAGGUGGGACAGACAGCCCACAACCAUGCCGUUGCUCAAGUAGAUUCAAGACCACUCCCAUGAGGAACCAGGCUGAGAGCAAGGGCAAGGAAGAAUGCUCUGAUACAGAGUCCAAGAAGGAUAAGGAGGAGACCAAGGAUUCAGAGAAAAGGAUGAUGGAGUCUGACUCAGAUGAAAUUCAUAGCAUACUGUUGGAGAAAGCUGCAGCAGGCCACAGCACAGAUGAGGAACAGGGAAGCACAACUGCUAAAAAGUGUUUAUUCAAACCAGACAAUACGUCUGCAAAGGAUGAAGACAAAGUGUCCAAACGCAAGAGGAAGUCUGAAAGCUCUGAUUCAAACUUGGAUAACAAAAGUAAAAAGAAAAAACAGAAUGGCUCAGAUUCCUCUGACUCUGACUCUGACCAGGGGACGGAGAAAAAGAGUAAAGUAGCCAUACAGCAGAGGAGAUCUAGCCGUGUGAAGAAACAAGAUGAAGCAAAAGAGGAAGACAGAAACUCACAUGAGAGGAAAGGAGCCAAGACGAGAAGUUCUUACGAAAAGAACUGUAAGGGAAGUAGCUCCAAAGCAGCCUCCAAACUGCAUUCAUCCUCCAGUGGGGAUGAAGAGGAGCAGCAGGCUGAAGAUGACUCAGGAGAGGACAGUGCCAAGCAAACAAUCAAACCUAUUGUGGAGAAUAACGUGGUGGGAAGUAGUGGACCUUUUCAUCAGUACUCAGGAGACAAAGAGGACGAUAAAGAGGAAGUCUCUCAAGUCUGUGAAGAUGAUGUCGAUGAUGAUCCUGAAAACAGGAUUGCAAAGAAAAGGGUUCACUUGUCAGAGGUGGAGAAUGCUGCCAGUGAAGAGAAGGAGAAUAAGGGAGCCAAGAGGAAGAAAGUGGGCAGCAAUGACUUUUCAGACUCAGACUUCGAGAUGUCAGAGUCCAGGGCAGAGUCGGGGAUAAGCGAGGAGCCUAGUGAACCAGAGGCUGAGGAGAAGUGUCGGCAGACCAGAUCAUCGAAGAAGAAGGACAAUGAGAGCAAGAAAAGUUACAGUCUGAGGAAGAAGCAACAAACGAUCAAAGUUCAGGAUUCCUCAUCCAGCAAUGAGAAGAGCGGAGAGGAAUCUGAUGACGACGCAAAUGAAGAAGGACGCAAAAAGACUUGCAAAACCCUGAAGGACGACAAGCUGCGCACAGAGACUGGAGAUGUUCUGACGGAAGAAGAUGAGAAAUGUGUAGCUGAGACAGAGGCACUCAGGGAGAAACUUGAAGAGGUAAAAAUGAAAUGCGGCAUCAUGAAAUGCUACGUUAGUCUGAAGAUGUUGAAAAUAGAAUUGUGGACAUGAUUGGAACUACUUUUAAAUCUCCUGAAAUGUGUUGAUGUAUUAGAUACACUAAGUAUUUUGUGAUGAAUAUCACAAUAGUUGAGUUGAACCUUUUACAUUACUGAUUUCCCACUAUGUGUGAAACUGAUUUUAAACAGCCUUUGCUGGUUCAAAUACACUAUAAUGGAAUUGUGGAGGGAACAAAAAUAGAAGGGUAUGCAGUAUUAUUUUCGCAACUUUUUGCUUUAGGUCGGAAGCAUAGGGGCAUGCAUGCGAGCCAGCUCUUAUGCUAACUGCCAUUUUCUAAUCUGAGCAGGUCAUCUUUUUAUUUGUUUACAUAAGUCAGAACCCUUUCUGUUAUAUUGAAAUAAACCAUACAUAUUGUAUGCAGGUUGAGGGUUUUGUGGAGAUAAUGCAAUUUUUAAUGUGGUGAUAGCAAACUGAUUUUGUAUCAUAAUGUAUGUGAAAUUUACAUCCAUCAAACCCAUGGAUAUUUUUUUAAUAAAUUAUAUUACACAUUUAUUCUGUCAUUCUUGUUGCUCUUUCUCUGUUUAAUUUUGAAAGCGGCAAUAAUCCUAUUUGUUUACUGGUGCUUUAAAAAAGAUUAUCAUGGCAAAUUACAGCAAUUGAUGUGUUAUUUUUAUUGCAUUUCCUGCUGUUGGAGAAUCUGUACGCCCAAUAAAUAAUUGGUCAUGUUUCAA